ACUGUUGUCCUGAUAAAGAGAAGCGACAGACAGCACACGGAGAAGACUCAGCGACAGGAUCAGCGAGUGGACAUGGAUCCCAGAGGGCUGAUUGUCUUUGUGUCUCUCUGGAGCUCAGCGCUCUGGGCUGAAGACACACACAGUUCAGUGACUGAUAACAUCAGGUUGGUGGGAGGAGCCAGCCGCUGUGCUGGUAGACUGGAGAUGAAACUCCAGGGAGAGUGGAAAUCGCCGUAUAAGCCUUUCAGAAGGUUUGAGCAUAAACCAAUUAAGUCCCAUAUCGGCCCACAGCGCAUCGUUGUAGACCAAUAUGGGACACGACCAGUGAAUGACCAGUAUGACCCAUCUAGGAAACCACCAGUGAAUGACCAGAAUAACCCAUACGGGACAGCAUUGCAUGACCCUUAUGGGACACCAGUAGAUGACCACUAUGAGUGGAACCUGGCAACGGCAGCUAAAAUGUGUAGACGGCUCAACUGUGGUUCUGUUGUUUCACAACGAACAAUACGAGGUUUCCCUAAAGGUCUAUGCUUGGCUGACUAUGUACACUUAUUUGAAAACCCAGAAUUGUCUUCUUCCAAGUUGGAGAUCACCUGUUCAGACUCUGUCAGGCUGGUGAACGGGAUUAGUCUGUGUUCAGGCAGACUGGAGAUAAAGUCUAACCAGUCUACCCAGUCGUGGUCCUCAGUGUGUGAAGAUGACUUUGACCUGCAGGAUGCAGAGGUGGUCUGCAGGGAGCUUGGCUGUGGGGCUCCUUCAGUCCUCCAGGGGGCGCUCUAUGGAGACAUGGAGGCUUCAGUGUGGACCAAAGAGUUCCAGUGUAGAGGCCAUGAGUCUGCUCUGCUGGACUGUGACAGCUCAGAUAGAAACACCUGCUCUUCUGGCAAAGCUGCCGGACUCACCUGCUCAGAACCUGGUAUUGUCAGGCUGGUUGGAGGAGCCAGCCGAUGUGAUGGCACACUGGAGAUGAAACACCGGGACGAAUGGAAACCAGCGGCUGCCUGGAGGCCGAACCUGAGAUUAGCAGGCGCGGUGUGUGAAGAGCUGGGCUGUGGCUUUGCUCUUUCAAUCAAACAGCAAAACCAGAUCCCGAGAGAAUCUUGGGGAAUCACAUCUGACUGUAAUGCAUCUUCACUCUUGAAAUGUUUUAAAGACUUUAAAUAUUCCACUACCACCAUAGAGAUAACCUGCUCAGGUAACGCUUUUUAUGAUAAUCUUUCCAGUGUCUCGACCUGUCACACAUCUGUUGUUUAAA